CAACGUGAGCCCUCCCCUUGGAGCCCAGAGGCCCAGAGGCUGGGGGAGAGGAGCGCGUCCGGGAGGACACUGCGCGAGGCGAGGCGAGUUGGCGCUGGCCUCAAGGGGACACGCUGCUGUUGCGCCCCAGCUCUUGGGCGCCCCGCAGACAUGCACCGGCGGCGGCCGGGCGCGCCCCUGGGCCUCGCCCCCGCGCGGGGACUCUGAGUGCCGCCGCCCCCGUGAGAGCACCUGGCGGCUGGGGAUCGCAGCACUGAGCUGCCGCCCACAUCCAGCCAUGCGGCGCUGGGCCUGGGCGGCAGUCCUGGCCCUCCUCUGGCCACAGCUCGCGUUGCUCUGGGGAGUCGGGGCAUGGCGGGAGCCCAAGAGGCUGCGGCAGCCCGGCCAGCGCACAGAGGCCCCCAACGCCACGGCUUCCGACAGCGAAGGUCUGCCUGGCUCUCCCAAGCCGCUGGAGCCCUCAGGGCCUGAGUUCUCAGAUGCUCACAUGACGUGGUUGAACUUUGUCCGACGGCCAGAAGAUGGUUCCUCCAAGAAACGCUGUCGCUGUCAAGGCCAAGACAAGAAGUUGCGAGGCCUCUUGGGUCCCCCGGGGCCCCCUGGGCCUCCAGGACCCCCAGGGCCCCCCGGUGUGGAAGUCGCCCCAGCAACCCUGCUUCAGGAGUUCAAGGACAUGCUGAAGGAGGCCACAGAACGGCGGUUCUCAGCAUGGCCAGACCCGCCACUGUCCCGUGGGGCUGGCCCAUGGCUGACGGUUGAGGCCUUUCACUGCCGGCUGAAGGGCCCCGUGCUGGUAGACAAGAAGACACUGGUGGAGCUGCAGGGUUUCCAGGCUCCCACUGCCCAGGGUGCUUUCCUGCGGGGGUCUGGCCUGAGCUUGGCCUCAGGCCGAUUCACAGCCCCAGUCUCUGCCAUCUUCCAGUUUUCCGCCAGCCUGCACGUGGACCAUAGUGAGCUGCAGGGCAGGGCCCGGCUGCGGGCCCGGGACACUGUGCGUGUCCUCAUCUGCAUCGAGUCCCUGUGUCACCGCCACACGUCCCUGGAGGCCAUCUCAGGCCUGGAGAGCAACAGCAGGGUCUUCACGGCACAGUUGCAGGGGCUGCUGCAGCUGCAGGUGCUCUUCCUGUGUCCGGGAGGCUGUGGGACCAGGAUACCCACAGGCAGUGAUGCCCACCGUGGUGCCUGCAGGCUGGGCAGUAUGCCUCCGUGUUUGUGGACAACGGCUCCGGGGUGGUCCUCACCAUCCAGAGUGGCUCCAGCUUCUCUGGGCUGCUUCUGGGUACCUGAGGGUGCAGAGGGAGCACCCUGUCAGGACCUGUGAUUCCCCUCUGAGGAAGGAGGCGAGAAGACCCCCAGUGGAUUCCUGUGGUCACAGCAAUAAAAGCCCCAGUACUCUGUU